AUGCAGCAGCACCUCAACAUAGCGCAGCAACGAUUCAAAGACAUCACUGCAGCAGCAGCAGCAGCAGCAGCAGCAGCAGCAGCACGCGAGCAGCCACCAGGGGGGACCCAAGCUAUGGGUACAAAGGGGGGCCCCCGGGGGCCCCCCUCUGCAGCAGAAGCUGCUGCAGCGCAGCACGAAGCGUCUACGUGUUCCCCUGACACCAGCAGCAGCCCAAGUGCAAGACCACCCCAUCAGCAGCAGCAGCAGCAGCAGCAGCAGCAGCAUGAGGGGGUCGAGACAGGGGAGUGCAUAUCAAGCGAGCUGAAGGGGGCUCCCCCCUCUCUGUCUCCUGUACCGCAACGUGGGUCCCCCCGGGUUGUUAUUCAUUCCGGUUCGUACCGGGGGCCCCCCGGGGGCCCCCCCCCCGGGGCCCCCUAUCUCCCAGUGGUUUGUGAUGCAGCAGCAGCAGCAGCAGCAGCAGCAGCACGCGAGCAGCCACCAGGGGGGACCCAAGCUAAGGGUACAAAGGGGGGCCCCCGGGGGCCCCCCUCUGCAGCAGAAGCUGCUGCAGCGCAGCACGAAGCCUCUACGUGUUCCCCUGACUCAAGCAGCAGCCCAAGUGCAAGACCACCCCAUCAGCAGCAGCAGCAGCAGCAGCAGCAGCAGCAGCAGCAGCAGCAGCAGCAUGAGGGGGAUGAGACAGGGGAGUGCAUAUCAAGCGAGCUGAAGGGGGCCCCCCCCUCCCUGUCUCCUGUACCGCAACGUGGGUCCACCCGGGCCCCCGGGGCCCCUGGGGCCCCUGGGGCCCCAGGGGCCCCAGGGGCCCCUGGGGGCCCCCAAUCUCCCAGUGGUUUGUGUCGUCGUGGGCUGCGUAGGGGCCCCCGGGUGGGUUCGCUGGGGGCCCUGUGUGAGGUCGACAGUCUGCUGCGGCCUACCCCUUUGGGUUUAACUUCUGCUGGGGCCUCUGCUUUGUCUGUGUGCGUGGCCAGCAGCAAACUGAAUAUGAAUGCUUACGAGCAUACAGCUCUGUUGGUGGGGGCCUUCUGUCUCUCCUUCUCUGGCUUUCUAGGCGCAGUAGCACUGCACCAUAGGGGGCCCCCAACACCCACGCCUACUUCACCCACAACGGGCGGCGGGGGCCCCCCCAGUGGUUUGUGUCGUCGUGGGCUGCGUAGGGGCCCCCGGGUGGGUUCGUUGGGGGCCCUGUGUGAGGUCGACAGCCUGCUGCGGCCUACCCCUUUGGGUUUAACUUCUGCUGGGGCCUCUGCUUUGUCUGUGUGCGUGGCCAGCAGCAAACUGAAUAUGAAUGCUUACGAGCAUACAGCUCUGCUGGUGGGGGCCUUCUGUCUCUCCUUCUCUGGCUUUCUAGGCGCAGCAGCACUGCACCAUAGGGGGCCCCCAACACCCACGCCUACUUCACCCACAACGGGCGGCGGGGGCCCCCAGGGGGGGGCCCUGCUGGGGACCCUGGGGGGCCCCCAAGGGGCCCACCGAACAACAGUGGGUACUAUGAACGAAUAUAACCAGGGGCCCCUACACGGACUGCAUGGAGAGGGGCCCCCCUUCUUGGGGCCCCUCUGCGAUGCCACUGCUGCUGACCUCAGGCUGGGGCGAGCUGUGCUGCGUUGGCUGCAGCAGAAGGAAGAAGAGAGGGACAAGGGGGGCCCCCCAAGCCCAACCCAACACAACGCCAGCAGCAGCAGCAGCAGCAGCAGGAGCAGCAGCAGCAACGACAGCAGCAGCAGCAGCAGCAGCAGCAGCAGCAGCAGGGAAGAGUUCGCUAGCUGCUGCAUGCAUACAUUCAGCAGCAAUACAGCCAUCUGUCUACCAGAGAUCGAUGCGGGGGCCCUCUGCCAGGUUUGUCCCCUUUCAGUACCCAUCACAGUACCCUCUUCUGGGGGGCCCCCCUCAAAGCAGCGGCAAAGGGGCCCCCGCAAACGUAGGGGGGCCCCCACAGACAGGGCCCACCCCUAUAGGGGGCCCCCCUCAGAGGGACGCCGCGAGGCCCCAGCUGUACCCACCAGUACCCACAUCACACGGGGCGGCAGACGUUCUGUACCCUCCCCUCUAUUCGACCUAUAA